GUCAGCAAAAUGUGGAAAAAAUAAAUAAAUACAAAUAAGAAUCUUUCUCUCUCCGUCUCUAAUGAUAGUAUUAAAUCGUAACCUAUUUAAUUCUACAUCCUUGUAUACAUACAUGUAUACCUCUUUUGUAUAUAAACACCCUCUCCUCGUUUAUCUUCAACAAUAUUUUACCCCAUCCGCCAAAAUUUUUAUUUUUGUUAUUUUUUCAAAAAAAAAAUUCCCCCCUGUGAUUGUUUUUGGUCUCUAAUGGAGCCUGACUUGUCGUCUAGUAGAGGCAAGCCCAAGCUACUUAGCCGGGUCAACUCGUACGUGGCUUCUACCCGAGUCGGGAAACGGUUCAAACUUCACGACCGGAAAACCACUUUCACGACGGAGCUCCGAGCAGGGACGGCGACGUUCCUAACCAUGGCUUACAUACUCGCCGUCAACGCCUCCAUCUUGUCGGAUUCCGGCGGAACAUGCUCUGUCUCCGAUUGUGUCCCCCUCUGUUCCGACCCGACAAUCCCUGUCUCCCGGUGUUCCGGGCCGGGUCUCCGAAUCGUUCAACCCGAUCAGAGCUGCAAAUUCGACCCGGUUAACCCGGGUUACGCCAUGUGCGUCGACCGGAUCCGGAAGGAUCUGAUCGUGGCCACCGUGGCUUCGUCGCUCAUCGGGUGCGCGAUAAUGGGCGUUUUCGCGAAUCUACCUCUGGCUAUGGCUCCGGGCAUGGGCGCGAACGCUUACUUCGCUUACACAGUUGUCGGGUUUCACGGGUCGGGCCCGGUCCCUUACCGGAGCGCACUCGCCGCCAUUUUCAUCGAGGGGUUGAUCUUCUUGUUCAUCUCCGCAAUCGGAUUCCGAGCCAAACUCGCUAAACUCGUCCCUAAACCCAUCCGGAUCAGUUCCUCCGCCGGAAUUGGACUCUUCCUAGCCUUCAUCGGGUUACAGAACAAUCAAGGAAUCGGAUUGGUCGGAUACAAUCCCUCGACCCUCGUCACUCUCGCCGCCUGUCCGAGCUCGUCGCGUGCUUCAGUAGCCCCCGUCAUCACCUCUGCGAACGGCACCGUGACCCUCCUCGCCGGAGGAACCGUCUCCGGCGGAAUACUCUGCCUCAACGGACGCAUGGAGAGCCCGACAUUCUGGCUUGGCGUCCUGGGCUUCGUCAUAAUCGCGUACUGUCUCGCGAAGGACGUCAAAGGAGGGAUGAUCUACGGAAUCGUCUUUGUCACCGCGAUCUCGUGGUUCCGCAAUACAGGGGUCACGGCGUUUCCCGACACAGCCGCCGGAGACGCCGCUCACGACUACUUCAAGAAGGUCGUCGAUGUCCACGUCAUCAAGCACACGGCGGGAGCUCUGAGCUUCAAGGGCAUUGGCAAUGGCAGAUUCUGGGAAGCCCUCGUGACCUUCCUCUACGUCGAUAUCUUAGACACGACGGGGACUCUGUAUUCGAUGGCGAGAUUCGCUGGGUUCGUCGACGAGGACGGAAACUUCGAAGGACAGUACUUCGCGUUCAUGUCGGACGCGUCGGCGAUCGUGAUCGGAUCCCUUCUGGGGACGUCGCCGGUGACGGUAUUCAUCGAGUCGUCGACAGGAAUAAGAGAAGGAGGGCGGACGGGGCUAACGGCGUUAACGGUGGCGGGGUAUUUCUUCCUAGCGAUGUUCUUCACGCCGUUACUGGCGUCGAUACCGGCGUGGGCGGUGGGUCCGCCAUUGAUUCUUGUGGGAGUGCUGAUGAUGAAGUCGGUGACGGAUAUCGAUUGGUCGGACAUGAAACAGGCGAUUCCUGGGUUCGUGACGCUGAUUCUGAUGCCGUUGACGUACUCCGUCGCGUACGGACUCAUCGGAGGGAUCGGGGUUUAUGUCGUGCUGAAUCUAUGGGACUGGUCGGUGGAGAUUUUGGCGAAGUUUGGGGUCUUGAGGAAGAAGAAGAAGGUUGAAGAAGAAGGAGGGAACACUGGCAAUGGCAAUGGCAAUGGCAAUGGGAAAGUUGGAAAGAUCCGGGAAGAAAGAAAAGUGCCGGACAGAGCGGCCCGAUGAGCUCCAUCGCAAGCAAGAGCUGCGUUUUCUCGGCAUCCAAA